AUGCCAUCAGCCGCCGCGCGUCAGGUAUACCAGGAUCAGAUACCGACCUUUGAGUCUGUCUUCGACCUUGAAUCUGAGACCAUGGCCGACCGCGAUACUUUCACAGUUGUUGGAUCAAAGUUUCUUGACGUGGCAUCUAAAACUCCCUCUCCGCAGACUAGCCUCCAGGCUUGUCUUGCUCCGGACCAAAGUCACAAGCACCGCGACAGCACUUCGACCCAGACCUCGGAAUCCGACGACUCCUCUCCCACCACUACGCUUUCCACCACAGACUCUUCGCCUCUUUCAGAUCCGUCGCCAUCAUCAUCGCCGGAUUCUCCACUUAACCUACUCCCACUCACCAACUUUCACCACUCUUCAAGCUUUAGUGGCCCGUCAAACCCGGUUUCUCUUCUCAGCAUUUCGGAAGCCAGCGCAUUGGAGCGGCCCAUGACAUCUCCAGCGCCGAGAAAGCCAAGGAACAUGAAGAAUCUCUCAAUUCAGCCACCCACGGCAGCGGCCUCGUCCAAGACCAUGGUGUCAGAACCUUGCUCUCCAUCCUUCAUCAAGCCCGCGAUUCCCGCCAUGAAGAGGAAACCUAGCCUUCUCAGCCUCAAAACCAAUGCCUCGGAUUUGAUCAAACAGACUUCAUUGGAAGUACCCGCAUCGCCCGGCAUGCCCCCGAUCCUGCAGCGCCGCGCGCUUAAGCAUUCCACCUCAUCGCCGUCCAUCCAGUCCUCCUCCUUGAAGACAUCCACGUUUGGGCCGGCUGGAGGAAUGACCUUUCCCAAGGUGUUGGAGCGCAACGAGUCGGGAUUGUCAGAGUUUUUGCGCCCCAUGAAAUCUAGCAUGAACUUGACAUUUGAUGCGGCAAUCAUGGAAGAAGAGAACAACACCCCCAUCAAGACGCAGCUUGCAUCUCGAAAUGACUUUGACGAACCCUUCCGUGAGAAUGAAAACAAUGAAGAUCAGAAAACGCCAGGGUAUCCCGAUGGGCCGAUUGCCAUUUAUGGCGAUAAUGUCUAUCUAUAUCUCGAGCCUACCGCAGAAGAAGCAUCUCGAUUUGACGUCGUCAUCAACGUUGCUCACGAAGUCCGCAACCCCUUCGAAGCCAAGCAAGAGCCGGCUAAGCCUUCAUUGCACGGUCCUUCUUCUCGGGGCAAAGGCAUUUCAUCCAACCUAAGCCCCAUCCCGGACACGGCUGUGUCAAACUCUAGCUUUUCUACCGCAUGGGAAUUCCAGCCUUCCGAUGACGGUGCUAUGGAUACAGAUACACCCACAACGCCAAAGGCAAAUCCCCUCAAUGUACCAGAGUACAUUCACAUACCAUGGGACCACAAUACUGAUAUCGCACCUGAUCUUAUGCGCCUCUGCGAGACAAUUGAGAAUCGCACCAAGGAGGGCAAGAAGGUGCUCGUCCACUGCCAACAGGGAGCUAGCCGUUCCGCUAGUCUCAUCAUUGCCUAUGGCCUGUAUCAGAACCCUGAAUUUAGUGUCAACGACGCGUAUCACGCAGCCCAGGCCAAGAGCCGCUGGAUUAGCCCUAACAUGAAGCUUAUGUAUUCACUGCAGGAUUUCCAAAAGGAGCUAUCCAAGAAGAAGUCACCAGGCUCUGGCCCCUAUCGACCUCGAACUGGAAGGAGUCCAUCUAAACAUAGACUGACCCUAUCCGCCGAUGCCAUCGAACUGCCUUCCAAAGAGCCUCACACCGCGCCUCUACCGGCAGAGAAUGGCGGAAGUAGGCAGGGAAGUGACAUCAAAACUCCUCUUAACAUCCUGCCAGGCAACUCGGAUGACCCGCAGACCAUUUCUCCUGGACCUGCUUCGGCGCCCCUGACAUUCUCCUGGAGAGACAGCUUUGAGAAAUCUGAGCCGGAGCAUAUGGAGCCAGAACAGAAGAAGGCGAAGCAGAUGGAACCUGUAAUCAGAGAGCCAGAGCCUAGCCCACGACAGACAAGAAUGGAUUUUCUUCCGCCGCCCUCUCCCUCGCCUUUCAAGCUCCAGGCUCCUCCUCUGCGGCCCAAACUGAAGCCGACAGCAUCCUACUCGACUCUCGGGCUUCGGGACUAUUCCUCUUCGGUCCCCCUAGCAACUCCUGGCGAAAGAGCCGUUCACUUUUCGGCCAUUUUCCCCGAAGAUGUCUUGAUGUCUCCCAAGGACGAAGAGAUGACGAACAAUCCGAUGGGUGGCUUUCCAUCCAUCGCUGGAAUGAGAUUCAUCGAGCGACAGGAGAUUGCGGGAAACUUGUUUUCCCCACGAAAGACAACGUUUGGCCGGGAGUCGUUCUUCUCGUUCGGUACGCCGACUCAAAUGGAUCCGCGAAGCCCGCCAACCAAGGGUGAAGCAUCGAUUAUUCGCUCCAUUGAUGAUAUCCUAUAA